AUGAGACCCCUCACAAAUAUCUAUGUCUUUGCUUGUGCCUUUAUAUUCAUGCUAUGGAAUAAUGCUCAGCCAACUGUGGAAAAUGAAUUUAUUGCAAAUUAUUCAAACAGUUUGCUAACUAAUAUUCCAAAAAAUAUUCCGGUCCAUACUCAGAUAUUAGAUUUAUCAUAUAACAGGAUCUCUGAGCUUAGUAUCUCAGAGUUUAUUUCUCUUUCUGACCUUCAGCUAUUAAAUCUUUCUCAUAAUCUAAUUACAGUGCUUGACUUUAGUGUCUUCAUUUUUAAUAAAUACUUAGAAUACUUAGAUUUAUCUCAUAAUAACAUAUUUAAAAUUUGCUGUCAAACACUUGCAUAUCUUAGACAUUUAGAUCUUUCUUUCAAUAAGUUUACUGCCUUGCCCAUCUGUCAGGAAUUUGGGAACAUGCUUCUUUUGGAGUACCUAGGAUUAAGUGCCAUGAUGAUACGAAGGUCAGACUUCAGUUCUAUCAAACAUUUGCAGCUGCACACUGUCUUCCUGACCUUAGCAAACUUUUCUCUGUAUGAGCCUCAGAGUCUGACAGACUUGAACACAAGGAGCCUCCACAUUGUUUUUACAGCAAACCAAAACUUCAGUUUUCCUCUCUUGUACGAUGGAAUGAGCACUUCAGAAAACUUAAAAAUAGUUAACAUAAGAUAUACCUUGAGCUAUAAACAUUUCCCCUCUCCUUCUUUAUUGCUUCUGGAGAAAAUCCAGACAACAUCUCUCAUGCUUGACACUGUGGACUUACCAUGGACUAUCAUUCUGCAAAUUUUCCUGCUUCUUUGGUAUUCACCCGUGGAGCAUUUGACUGUGAGAAAUUUGACUUUUCGGGGUCCACUAGGGGACCUGACUGAAUAUGAAUUUCUACCCAUAUUAAGUUCUCUGGAACAAUUAAUCUCUUUGGAUGGCUCCAUGAAAGAGUUAACUUUGGAGCAUGUUCGGAAUAAGCUUUAUUAUUUCAACCAGGAGAUUCUUUACAGACAGUUCUCAGAGAUGAAUAUUGCCAGUUUGACAAUAUAUGAUGCAUAUAUGCCACACAUGCUUUGCCCCAAUAGAACAAGCCCAUUUCAGCAUUUAAAUUUUUCUCACAAUGCCCUGACAGAUGAGUUGUUUCAGAACUGUGGCACUCUGAGAGAUCUGAAAUCACUUAUUUUGCAACGGAAUAAA